AAACUGACUUGCCUUUAUGAAAAUGCCGAGAGCAAACACGCCGGAAGGGAGAUAUGGUGUAGAAAGUCGUUUCACCGCUGCGACCCAGGCCAUCCGACGCCGCUUCGUUAGUUCCUCAACCUGCUGUCUAUAACCUCUUUUCCAAGAGGGAAAACGAAAAAAUCUUACGUCGUGGUCAACUUUGCUGCCAUUUUUGUCGUGUGAUUUAGUAUGGCAGCCUUUCAAACAACACGAGUGUCCCAUUUAUCAAAGACAAUGAUGAAAGCAAAGACGAUUCUCACUGCUCAGUUGUUUACAAUAAGUGUACACUCAAAAUGGCGAUUCAACCCACAAUGCACUGCGGCUUUUGACAGCGUUACGUCACCUGACAAAGACCGAUUUCAGGAACUCCGACGUAGCGGAAGUCGUCAAAUGACGUUGCUGUUUUUUUCGCUUUCGGCGGGACGAGGUGUGUUCUGGAAGCACCCGGUACCCAAAAGUUUACCGACAACGAGACAAUUAUUUACAUUAUUGUCAUUUCAGUAUUAUUCGAGUAUGGCCUUCCAAGCGGAGGCAGAUAUCUCACCGGCUCUCACGCAUGUGAAAGAAAUCGAUGCCCUGUUACGGUGUCCAAUUUGUUUUGACUUUCUCAACAUUACAAUGAUGACGACAUGUUCCCACAACUUUUGCUCCUUGUGCAUCAGGAAAUUCUUUUCUUACAAGCUUCAGUGUCCAGUAUGCAAUGCCAAAGCGACAGAACAAGAUCUACGCAACAACCGCUUGCUGGAUGACUUGGUGGUAAACUUUCGUGCUGCAAGACAACAAUUGUCAGAAACACAUUUUGGCGCUCCGCCUAUGUCCCCAAAGCACCCAGCAUCAGUCAAAACCAAAGAACCCAGAUACAAAGAUCAGAUGUGCAAAAACUCUGUUGUGAGUCAAUUUUUCCAAAAGAGGCCAAGUCAGUCUGCCAAAGCUGACCAUACUGGACGUACUGGCAAUUCAAAUGACAUGGACCUGCACUCAAUAACUGUGAAAAAAGAGGCCAUGGAUGUAGGAGAAGUAUCCCCGGAGGAUGCGGUAUCUGUGAAGCUAGAGGUCACAGAAUUGCACAGCAUCAGCGAAGAGUUGCCGCAUACUUCUUCAUCACCGCCAACAGAUACAAAGCCUGUAAUCAAAGUGGAGUGCCCUGUAUGCUCUGUAUGUGUGUCUCCGAUGUUCAUCAACAAACACCUGGACAUGUGUCUCACUAGCGAAGAGAAGAAGGAAAGCUUAAGGAGCUCCUUUGGAAAGACAAGGCACCCAAUGGGGAAGCUGGUGUACCACCUGCUUUCACUGCAGGAGUUGAAGAGGAGGCUCAAGGAAUGCAACCUUUCAGUGCAAGGGUCCCGAGAUCAACUCAUUAAAAGACACAAGGAGUUUGUGCAUAUUUAUAAUGCACAGUGUGACUCACUCAACCCCAAACCAGCUGACGAAAUUGUUAAAGAGGUGGAAGCCAAUGAGAAGAUUAAAAAUCAGCUUAAGGACGAAGUCAAACCUGUUAUGGUCUUCUCAAAAAAUCACUCUGAAGAGGAAAUUGAUGAGGUUCAUUCAACAUAUAGGAAACAGCACAGCAGUGACUUUUCGCGACUGGUUGCCCAGGUUCGCGGUCGCCUAGAUACAACCAAGAAGACUCGCAUAAAACAGGAGGUGGCUGCAGGAGGCGAACAGGCAGAACAAACGCCUUCAGCAGCUCAAGUCACAGAAUCAAGGAAUUCGUUGGACAUCAAGCCUGAAAGCGAGGAAGAAACAGGGCCUUCUACAAGAGGCAUUGUUUUGUCUAACAGCCCCACUUACAGUGAUGUGUCUAUCAGCAGUUCAAUUCCUGACAUCUUUUCACCAGAACGUUCGCAAAAUAAGUUUAAACGGGAGAACUCUGAGGAGCAAAGUGUCCUUUCCCAAGGCCUUGCUGCGGGACAGGCUCCUAAGUUGCGACCGGGUAGACGACUUGCUAGUGCCACUGCCGUGCGGCCCAUUGCUCCUGCAGCUCCUCCUGUUCCCCCAGCUCCUGCCGCACUGCCCCAGGUCAUUGUUAUAUACCCUGGGGCAGGUGGGCCCUCAGCUGCCCCUGUCUUGGCUCUUACUCCUGUUGCCUCAGUGGCUCCUGUGUCCCGCUCCACACUGAGGAACAGGCGGCGCAGGGCAGAAGAGGAAGCCAGUGGAGUCCAGAAAAGGAGGUAUGUCCGUGAAGUGCCAUUUAACAAGUGCUCAAUGUGUGGGCAGGCCAAAACUAAAGAGUUUGGACACAGCCGCUUCGGCAGGGCCACUUUUUGCCCCAGUUCAUCUGGAGGCAAAACUUUAGAAGAGUGGCUGAAUGAGCAGCGCCAGCAGAAAAAACUGGGAAACCCGCCCCCAUAAAAAUAAUUUGGAUGUGGACACAGUUGGAAAUAAUGUAGAAUAAACUAUAAAUAUGUGAACCCAUUUAUCCCACUAAAAUGUAAAUUCUAUUACCCUUUUCCCCUGUAAAUAUUAUGUCAUGUUUAAUUUUAUAUUACUAAAUACGGCAUUAUAUUUGUACAAUGUUUUUUGCAUGUUGCUUGUUUUUUACCCCAAAUUACUAGGGUGUUCAUUAUGGCAACUGUGUUAUGUUUUGCAUAUUGUUUUGUAAAUAAAUACUGACUCAGAUUCUUUGUGCUGCUUUUAUUGUCCGGGGGCUGGAGUGUUCACUUAACUAAGGCAGUGUAAAUCACACCUGUUUGUUUCUGAAUACAAGGCUCCUGCUGGGGGUCAG